GCUUUGGUAGGGAAGGGUGGGAAUAAGUUCUAGUUCCUGUGAUGGAAAGGCACUGUGGUAACUGAGCCAUCUGGGGUGAAGCCAUGCAGAAUGCUGCCUUUGCCCUUGAGGUGAGAAUGUAGAUUGCUACCUCCCAUCCCACUGUUAAUCAACAGUCUCGAGUACUGAGCCCCUAGUUCUGCCUUGUCUUGUUUUGUCUGAACAAAGGUUAACUUAGUCUGUCACUACUGUGCUAAGCUGGGAGCAUGGGACCUGUGAGGGAAGUGGCUGGAUAAAAUUUCAUUUCUAAUGGGAAUGGGAGACUUCUAGACAGGGGACCUUGGGCUGGAAGGGAGCUGGGGUUGGGUCCAGUUGGGAGGGAAGAAAUGGAGUGUGGCUUUGAGUUCCAGGAUGGGUUUCAGGUGUGAAGUUAUGGAGGCACUUUACAUGAUUGUAGAGAGGUAUAGAAAUCAGGGUUAAGCAUGUGUGCAAGGAGGUAUUGCAGCUCCCAGAGGAAGAGGACGGUGCUACCUCAUGUUGUCUGCACACCCAUAGCUGCCACCUCUGUGGUAUCUGACCAGCACAGGAUGGGCAGAGCUUGGUCAGGACCAGGGACAGCUCCCCUCCUGCUGUUGUCUCCUCCUUUAGCAGGAUUCCCUUCCUUCCUGUUGGUCAGCUACAGUCCCACUGGACUGGCUCACAGGCACCCCAGACUUCCCCUUAGUAAGCUCUGAAGCAGGAGUAGGCUCUCCUCGCUUCCAUCCGUGAGUGUCUGUGUGUGUCCUUGGAGAUGAUAGGAGAAUUAGUUGCUGCCACAUUAGCCCCACUCCUGCCUGUUUUUUUCCCAGUCUUUGCACAAAUUCUGUGCUCUCCAUUUUUCCUCUUUGUUCAGUCUCUUCCCAUAACAACCAGUAUCAUCUCACUCUCAUCGGUCAUCUGAGGCCACCCUGGCCCCUUUCCCCUACUCCUCCUUGGUCUCAUUCUCACCUUCUUGAUUUCUCACUUCUGGGUAUGUGGAGAUGUGUCACCUACUUUUAGUCUUCCUAUAUGAUGUUCCCAGAUGUCUCACCACCCCCACCCCAUGACUAAAUGUAACAUAUAAGCUAGGAGAAGGAAGGCCCUAGAGCCCAACUUCUGAUAUCAGAGCUGGUUAGAUAGUGAUUUUCCACUGACUUGCUGUAUCUCGUUAGGUGUUUAGCCUCUUUGAACCGUUUCUUGAACUGUAAAACAGGGCAAUUCUUUUUUUCUUUCUUUUUCUGUGUAUAGUAUUUUUAUUGUCAUUUUAGCUUAUUUUUAUUGUCUAUUUUUUUUACAUCAUUCUUCACGUACAUACAAUGUAUGUUGUUAUAUUGUGUAUAGUCCCGAGAAAUUCCCAGCAGCAAUUCAACCGUGUACCAUCACCGUAGUCCCUGGUGCUCCUCCCACCCCUGUUUUGAUCUAAUUUCCUCCUUUCCCCACUGAAGAAUGUUUCCGGUUUAUAGUUGCCUAAAACAGGGCAAUUCUUACUCCAAAGACCAUCAACUACUCUAGUAGUGUGGUGGCGGCUCUUGAACAGUCAAUUCUCAAUGUUUGCCUGAUUGAUCAGAUUGCUUGUGAGGAUAAUGGUGAAUGCUUCUAGUACAUGUGAUGUGCAAGUCUGAUGACUAAAUUUAUGUCACCCAACAAUCCUAUUAGGAGUACUAAUGUUAGAACCCCAAUUUAGAGAUGAAAUAGUCUUAGCGACCGUAGGUAACUUUCCUAAGAUUCUAAGCAAGUCCUUAAGUGGCUGAGCUUAAUAUUCAUGCCCAGUUUGGCACUUGAAUUAAAAAUUUCGGAGUGCUACCUGCCACAUGAUAAGAUGCACAUUAAGUGCCUAACAGUAUCCAGCGGACAGGACCUGCUCAACUAGAGUGUCAGUGCUUCUGCUCAACUGGAGUGUCAGUGCUUCUGAGGACGCACGGGUUGAUGCAGUGAGCCGCAGAAGUCGCUGCGGGGAGGGCAGGCUGGAAAACUACAACACCCAGAAGCCACCGUGCCUUCCUCUGCGACAGUUCCGUUCGGGCUCAGGCAGCGCAUUGGUGCUCUCGGAGGCUUGUCGAGGAUUGGAGGGCGAGAGCUGCGCCUGCUUAGGAUUGGUCAGGCUGCCGUCGGCCGCGCCACGGGAACCCGGAAGUGGUCUUGCCUGCGGGCUCGUGGGUGGUGGGUUAACGUGUUUGGCUUGGUGGUUCGCUGGCCCGCCGGCCUCAGACUGCCGCUUCGCCUUCGGACCGGCGGCGAAUCUCCGGAGCCCGUCUGACCCGUUGAGGGCUGCUUCGGAGGACCUGCAGCUGUUUCCCGCCGCCCAGUCAGUGCCUCAUGGAGUCUACGUUCAGCAGCCCCGCGGAGGCGGUGAUGCAGCGAGAGGCGGGCGCCGCGGGGCUGCCCACCCCUCUCGCAGACCUGGACCGAGUGUACGAGCUGGAUCGAGUCGUUGUAUUUGUGCGCGACCUGGACUGUCAACGGGUAGCCUUACAGUUCCCUGAUCAGCUGCUGGGAGAUGCUAGGACCGUAGCCGCACGACUGGAGGAGCUCACGGGGUCGAAGAUGUUCAUUCUGGGGGACACGGCUUAUGGCAGCUGCUGUGUGGACGUGCUGGGUGCUGAACAAGCUGGAGUUCAGGCCCUUGUGCAUUUUGGCCCUGCCUGCUUAAGUCCUCCAGCCCGUCCACUACCUGUCGCCUUCGUCCUUGGUCAACGUUCUGUGGCCUUGGAGCUCUGCGCCAAGGCCUUUGAGGCCCAGAACCCAGACCCCACUGCCCCUGUGGUGCUGCUGAGUGAGCCGGCCUGUGCCCAUGCUCUGGAGCCCUUGGCCACUCUUCUGCGUCCACGGUACCAGGACCUGCUUGUCUCCAGCCCAGCUCUUCCCCUGCCAGUGGGCUCCCACGACCCAGGCCUCGAGCUCCUGGAGCGUUUUGGACGUCGCUUCCCACUGGCUUCAGGGCGGCGUCUGGAAGAGUAUGGUGCCUUCUAUGUGGGGGGCUCUGAGGCCAGCCCUGACCUCAGCCCAGACCUGAGCCAGCUGCUCUUGGGCUGGGCACCAGGUCAACACUUCUUUUCUUGCUGCCCAGACACAGGGCGGACUCAGGAUGAGGGUGCCCGAGCUGGGCGCCUCAGAGCACGUAGACACUAUCUGGUGGAGAAGGCCAGAGAUGCCCGUGUGGUUGGGCUGUUGGCAGGCACAUUAGGUGUGGCCCGACACCGUGAGGCCCUGGCACACUUGCAGAAGCUGACUCAGGCUGCUGGCAAACGUAGCUAUGUGUUGGCCUUGGGUCGGCCCACGCCUGCCAAACUUGCUAACUUUCCUGAGGUGGAUGUCUUUGUGCUGUUGGCCUGUCCUCUGAGUACCCUAGCCCCCCAGUCUUCUGGUGGAUUCUUCCGGCCUGUACUGGCACCAUGUGAACUGGAAGCAGCCUGCAACCCCGCCUGGCCACCUCCAGGCCUGGCUCCCUACCUCACACAUUAUGCGGACUUACUGCCUGGCUCUCCCUUCCAUGUGCCCCUGCCGCCACCUGACUCAGAACUAUGGGCCACCCCAGAUGUGUCGCUCAUUACUGGGGAGCUCCGACCCCCACCUGCCUGGAAACCAUUAAAGGACCCUGGAUGCUCAGCCCUGACCCAGAGACCUCAGUUGGAAAUGAUUGAGAGCAGUCCUGCAGCCUCAUUCCUUAGUUCUCGGAGCUGGCAAGGGCUACAACCCUGCCUGGGCCAAACACCAGUGACAGGCGCCGUGAGAGGAAGACGGGGGAUUGCCAUCGCCUAUGAGGAUGAAGGAAGCAGCUGAUACCAUGUGGGGGCAGAGACACAGGUGGACUUAGAAUCGCUGCUAAGACCUUUAGUGUCCCCUGCACCAACCUCACCUCUCUGCCAGGAUCCUUGAAGGAGCCUGGAUGAAGGGAGGGCAGACAGCUCUUCAUCGAGGAGAGGAUCCAGUUCUGUGCUGUCCUGGCACUGGCACAAAGCUUUGCUCAUAUUGGCUUAGUGAAUGCCUGUAAUUGAGUGAUGGAGAUUGACUUGGGUCUUUCCUGAAGCCACUGGGCCCAUCUGUCUUCCUGGGAGCAGCCUGUGCCUCUGGCCAGUUACAGGUCCUGUUGUGCAGUUAAGGGUCUGUCCUUUCAAAGGCAGGUUCUAGAAAUUGUUGACCAGGGUUUGUCGACCUUGGUACUAUUGACAUUUGGGGCCAAAUCAUUCUUGAGAGGGGCUGUCCGGUGCAUGUGUAUAGAUGCCAGUGUAAUACUCUUACCCAGUUGUGGUAACCAAAAAUGUUUCCAGAUAUUGACAGUGACCUCCGUGGGGACAAAAGUGCUCCCACUAGAUACAUGUGGCUCUUUUUAGAUAAAUUUACACUAAGAUUGAAAACUCAGUUUUUCAGCCACACUAAUCACAUUUCAGCACUCAGAUAACCACAUGAGGGGUAACACAGCUGUCAGACAUGUCCAUCAUGGAAAGUUCUGUUGGAAUUGGAUGGGUCUGCACUGACUUUGAUUUGUUCUCAGGGAGAACACAGAAAACUUGAAUAAAACAGAGACUUUUUCUCCUU